AAUAACCUGGAACCGCACGCACCAUCCCGUCCCCAGCGUCUCGCGAACUGGCAGUGUGCAUACACGGUCUCGCCUCCCGAUUUUGUCGCCGUCAACUCUCCUCCCCUUCGGACAACCUUAAAAAUCUCGUCUCGCUGCUUCCUCAAUCCUCCUGUUCGAAGGGUGCAGCAUAAUUAGGAACGAUGGCUCAGAUACAUGCAGUCGGAAUUUCUUCAUUUCCCAAGAUCGCUCUCCGUGGGAUUCCAGUCCAUCGAGAUAAUUUUGGCUGCCAGAGGAAGUCCUGCUUCAAGGAGAUCAAUGCAAGAUCGUCUGGAUCCCGUGGUAAAAUGACCAGCCAAUAUGGUUUGCAGCAAAAACAUGCAGUUAGGUGCCAAGGUAUUCAAAAUGUUAUGGCUGAUGGCACACGGGAAGAUGUGGCAUAUUCCAAGAAUACUAAUACUGGUGGACUGCGUGGUAAGCUAAACAAAGUUGUUUUGGCUUAUAGUGGUGGUUUGGACACCUCAGUAAUUGUACCUUGGUUAAGGGAGAACUAUGGAUGUGAAGUUGUAUGUUUCACUGCUGAUGUUGGUCAAGGUGAUUUAGAGAUGGAUGGUUUGGAGCAGAAGGCCAAAGCUAGUGGUGCAAGUCAACUUGUUGUGAAGGAUUUAAAGGAGGAAUUUGUUAGGGAGUACAUAUUUCCUUGUUUGCGAGCUGGUGCAGUUUAUGAAAGAAAAUAUUUGCUUGGAACAUCAAUGGCUCGGCCUGUUAUUGCUAAGGCAAUGGUUGAUGUUGCCAAAGAAGUUGGUGCUGAUGCUGUUUCACAUGGAUGCACAGGAAAAGGAAAUGAUCAGGUUCGGUUUGAGCUAACUUUCUUUGCUUUAAACCCUGAACUUCAAGUCGUUGCACCUUGGAGGGAAUGGGACAUAACAGGGCGAGAGGAUGCUAUUGAAUAUGCAAAGAAACACAGUGUUCCUGUUCCAGUUUCAAAAAAGUCUAUUUAUAGCCGAGAUCGGAAUCUUUGGCACCUUAGCCAUGAGGGUGACAUUCUUGAAGAUCCGGCAAAUGAGCCAAAGAAGGAUAUGUACAUGAUGACUGUUGAUCCAGAAGAUGCUCCUAGUCAGCCUGAAUAUUUGGAAAUUGGAAUUGAAUCUGGCCUUCCUGUUUCCAUCAAUGGAAGAAAGCUUUCCCCUGCAACCCUCCUUUCAGAACUUAACAAGGUUGGUGGGAGGCAUGGCGUUGGACGAAUAGACAUGGUCGAGAAUCGCCUUGUUGGCAUGAAAUCCCGGGGAGUGUAUGAAACCCCCGGCGGCACAAUCCUUUGGGCAGCUGCUCGUGAACUCGAGUCCUUGACACUCGACAGGGAAACCAUCCAGAUGAAGGACUUACUAGCACUCAAAUAUGCUGAGCUGGUGUAUGCUGGCCGUUGGUUCGACCCUCUGCGCUACUCCAUGGACGCCUUCAUGGAGAAGAUCACAGAGACCACAACUGGAUCCGUCAUGCUCAAGCUGUACAAAGGUUCUGUCAUCGUGGCAUCGCGAAAAAGUCCACAUAGCUUGUACAGGGAGGACAUCUCUUCCUUUGAGACUGGGGCAAUCUAUAACCAGGCUGAUGCUGCUGGAUUCAUUCGCCUCUACGGGCUUCCUACUAGGGUGCGGGCAAUGCUCGAGAAGGGUUUAUGAUCCUUUUGUCGUCCCUGCUGGUAGCAAAUGGCAGUGCUUGAAGACUUUAGAUGCUUCAGUUGGUGUUUGCAAUCUCUAAAGUUUUUUAUUUCCUCUCCAGUGGCAGCUUUAUUAUAAGCUUGUGAACUUUGGUUUGGUGUUUAAUGUCGUAAUUUGGGUGGAAUGCAUAUCAACUUGAGAUUA